UUGGUGCAGUGAGACAGGAGUAUAUGCUCUAUUGGGUUCUCUCAUGUUACAUGCCUGGCUUGUUACCUUGGGUAUAUGAAGCCUGAUGGCUUAUAUCGUUCUCGUCUUUUUAUUGUACAUCCCUACCUGGAAUGUUAAGCGGCGCAGUGGUGGGGAACGCGUCCAUCUUCUUGUCUUGCUUGCCUUUGAAAUUAGUUCUGCCUCCAUUCCAUUCCUGACCUCUUCUAUCCCGCCACUCUCUCAGGGAAGGUGUGACAUGCCAGAUGCAUGUACAUAUACUGUGCUACUGGUCUCGACUGUAACUCUACCUUUUCCUUGCAUCCAGGGAUUACUAGGGUCACGGGUUGCGAUUCGAUGGGCAGAAGGCAAGGAGUUUCGAGAUAAACAUCACUCCCCAUCUCUAUAGGGAGGCACUGUAUCCCGUCUAUGCUGUAUGAAGCUGCCGCUCACAGGUGAAUGGCCUUUCUGAAGACCUCUAUAAACUGCCAAACAUCUUCAAACCGGCAGUACAUGGGCACCGGCGCAACACGGAUUACGUCGGGCUUCCCGACCCAGGCUUCAGCAGCAGACUCAACUGUGACCCCCGCUCCAGCGGGUUUCCAG